GCGCGGGGCGCGGGCGGCGGGGCUCCCGGCCGGGCCCAGUCAGUGAGUUGCCAGCGCUCGCAGCAGCCGCACGAGCCCGCGAGUGCAUCAGUGCCCUUACACUACAAACACUGACACUCCGACCUUCAAUCCGUGGGAACGAGACAUCUAUAUCAGGUGGUGACGAAUAGGAUGUGAAGUGGUGUCCGGCAGGCUGCUCACGCGCCGCUGCACGCGGUCAUGGCGACCCGGAGAUAGUGCCAGCUGCAUCAAUAUUUCACACAGGUGGUGUAAGUGUGUGCGGGAGGAGCGGCGGUAUGCGCGUGGUGUUGGCAGCGCUGACGGCGCUGGCGGCGCGCGCGCUGGCCGGGCCGCACGAGCACCGCGCGCGCCACCACGCGCCCGAGCACCCGCCGCACUUCCCCGCGCCGGCCCCGCCGCAGCCCUACCGCGGACACGGCGAGGCCGUCCGAUACAACCCCGAACUAGACACCAUUCUACCCCGACUUCAAGAUCACGAGACUUCCUCCAAGCGCGCCAAGUUUGAAGACGCGGAGACAUCUUCCAAACGAGCCAAGUAUGAUGAGAGGUUCUACUCGAACCAUGAGCGAGCUGAAGAGGAGCCCAUGAUGGCUGACGAGCCUCAGCUGGGUCCUGAGGACGAGGACCCGCUCGUCGUCCGCACUAGAAAGGGAAGGGUCAGGGGCAUUACUCUGACCGCCGCGACCGGCAAGAAAGUCGACGCGUGGUUCGGCAUCCCUUACGCUCAAAAACCUGUAGGUGACUUGAGAUUUAGACACCCCAGACCAGCGGAAAGUUGGGGUGAUGAAAUACUGAAUACUACGACACUGCCACACUCAUGCGUCCAAAUUAUAGAUACUGUGUUCGGUGAUUUCCCUGGAGCGAUGAUGUGGAAUCCCAACACAGAUAUGCAGGAAGACUGUCUCUUUAUUAACAUAGUGACGCCAAGACCACGACCCAAAAACGCAGCUGUUAUGCUUUGGGUCUUCGGUGGUGGAUUUUACUCAGGAACGGCUACUUUAGAUGUUUAUGAUCCGAAAAUUCUUGUGUCAGAAGAGAAAGUUGUUUACGUUUCAAUGCAAUAUAGAGUAGCGUCUCUUGGUUUUCUAUUCUUUGAUACUCCCGACGUUCCAGGCAAUGCCGGUCUUUUUGAUCAGCUUAUGGCAUUGCAAUGGGUAAAAGAUAACAUAGCUUACUUCGGAGGAAAUCCCCAUAACAUAACUUUAUUCGGUGAGUCGGCUGGGGCAGUAUCAGUAUCUUUACAUCUAUUGUCCCCUCUGUCAAGGAACUUGUUUUCUCAAGCGAUAAUGCAAUCAGGAGCGGCUACCGCACCUUGGGCUAUUAUAUCAAGAGAGGAAAGUAUUUUGAGAGGAAUUCGUUUAGCCGAAGCUGUUCACUGUCCGCAUUCUAGAACAGAUAUGGGGCCGAUGAUCGAGUGCCUGAGGAAGAAGAGUCCUGAUGAACUAGUCAACAACGAGUGGGGCACUCUCGGCAUUUGUGAAUUUCCUUUCGUCCCGAUAAUAGACGGUUCAUUCUUAGACGAGUUACCUGUUAGAUCCUUAGUUCACCAGAACUUUAAGAAGACCAAUAUUUUGAUGGGAUCAAACACAGAGGAGGGUUAUUACUUUAUACUUUAUUACUUAACUGAAUUGUUCCCCAAAGAGGAGAAUGUUGGAAUUAGUAGGGAGCAGUACUUGCAGGCAGUGAGGGAAUUGAACCCCUAUGUGAAUGACGCUGGACGACAAGCUAUUGUUUUCGAGUACACUGACUGGUUGAAUCCCGAAGACCCUAUAAAGAAUCGAAAUGCUCUGGAUAAAAUGGUGGGUGAUUACCACUUUACGUGUGGAGUGAACGAAUUUGCGCAUCGUUAUGCAGAGACUGGAAACAAUGUUUUCACAUAUUAUUACAAGCAUCGGAGCAAGAACAACCCCUGGCCCUCGUGGACAGGAGUGAUGCACGCUGACGAAAUCAAUUACGUAUUCGGAGAACCCUUGAACCCAGGGAAGAAUUAUUCUCCCGAGGAAGUGGAAUUUAGUAAGCGACUAAUGAGAUAUUGGGCGAACUUCGCGAGAAGCGGAAACCCAUCUAUAAACCCGAGUGGAGACUCAACGAAGAUCAAUUGGCCGGUGCACACGGCGUCCGGGCGUGAAUACCUGUCCUUAGCAGUCAACUCCAGCUCCAUAGGCCACGGGCUGAGGGUCAAGGAGUGCGCCUUCUGGCAGAAGUACUUGCCACAGUUGAUGGCUGCCACCAAUAAGCCAGAACCUCCGAAGAAUUGCACAAACAGCGCAGCGCCCGUCAAGGUCCCGUACGAAAUCUUCGGCGUGGGCGUCGUGAUAGCUACGGGCUUAGCCAAGACAACGUGGUUCAAGUACAUCAUAUGAGUUCAUUAUGUGGUCUAAGAGCCUCUUCGAUUUAUUUGCUUCGUCUAAAUCUUCUUUGGUAACAAGAUUUUG